AUGAAACUGAUGACAGCGAAUUUCUUAUCAUCGUAUCAAUUGCUUUCAUAUCGUUUUAACUUGAAUAAUGCUUAUAUUAAAUCUAAACAACUCUCUCUCUCUCUCUUAACGUUUGCCUGGUUAUUUCAACUUCUCUUUUGUCUCUUAAUAUUUUUGGUGAUCAUUUUUACACUGUCCAUUCUAUCUUCUAAUCUAUCUAUCUUUGUCUAUCUCUAUCUAUCAAAUUCUUUCAUAUCUAUGAUCUAUCUAUUUUAUCACUGUCCAUAUCUAUCUAUCUAUCUAUCUAUCUAUCUAUCUAUCUAUCUAUCUAUCUAUCUAUCUAUCAAAUCUCGGUCUGUUCAUAUCUAUCUCUCUAUCUAUCUAUCCAUCUAUCAAUCAAAUCUCGUCUGUUCAUAUUCCUAUCCAUCUAUCAUAUCAAUCAAAUCUGGUCUGUUCAUAUCUAUGUUCUCUAUCAUCUAUCUAUCUAUCUAUCUAUCUAUCAAUCAAGUUAAAUCUCGUUCUGUUCUAUCAAUCUAUCUAUCUAUCUAUAUCUAUCUAUCUAUCAAUCAAAUCUGUCUGUUCAUUAUCUAUCUAUCUAUCUAUCUAUCUAUCAUCUAUCUAUCUAUCUAUCUAUCUAUCUAUCUCAUUCUGUUCAUAUCUAUCUAUCUAUUUUAA